UCAAAGUGUCGUAUUAGAUGAUGUCGUGUCUCGGGGACUUAGUGUAUUUACAAAAUUUUGCCAACAUUAGUUGUUGUUUCUAACUUAUUAGGGUUACGGUAACGUCGUCAUGGCAUUCAAAGUAGGUAAAAAAAUAUUCAAUAAGACUCAAUAAUAUUACUUUCUAUUGUGUACCUUUGGUUUAAAUAAACGUAUAAAUACGCAACAUUUACUUAUUAUAAUACGGUCGCAUAAUAAAUUAAAUCGAAUUUUUUACAAAAUAGGAUGUAGUGUAGUACAUAUUUAAUUUAUAUGUACAAAUACAUCUAUGUAAAUAUUAGACUAUGUAUUAGAAAUAUGACUUCUAACAAUAUUGUCUAAAAGAAUCGAAAACGUUCUAAGAAACUAAAUAGUAAAGUAAUUAUUUUUGACUUGGUAAUAUUUUUGAGAUUCAGGUAAGGUAAACUGUUAUUAAGUGUAGCACGUACUUAGGUUCAGGUAUAGUUGAGCAGUUUCUUUGUAAUGUUUUUAUAACUUUAAUUAUUGUGUUUGUAAAUAUUAGCAGUGCGUAUCAUUUGUUAUUGCUUCGAUAUACCAAUACGUAAACCAGUUCUUCUCCUUAUCACACAAAAAUAUUUUUUGUUAAAUAACGCAUAAAUAAAAAUUAAAUUUUAAACAAAUUGUGCAAAUAAAAGCAAUCACAAAUUCAAAUUCUCGGACAACAAGAAGCAAGUUUACCUAGUUGCUCGACAAAUACAAAAGUGAAUCUUUUUUGAACUGGUUCAUAAGAGAUUCGAAUUUUUAAAUUUCAAUUACCACAGCUUUAUUCGAACAAUUUAUUUAUUUAUAAUUUUAAAAUUUUACCUGCAAACUUGCAUAUUCUGCAAAAUAAGCUUCGACUUGCUACAUUAAUGUACAUGCACAUAAAUUUCUUACUUUGAAUAGAAAUUGCAAUUAUAUAUAUUAAAGAAUUUUUUUGUUCAAGUAUUGUAGAGAGUUGGCAACCCUAUUUGGAACAAUAAAUAUCAACGUUUUUCUAAUACACAAUACAAACCCAAAAACCAUUUGAGAGUGAAAAUGUUAAGUGUCAUAAAAAAAGUCAAUUUUUACGAUUUGUUUUAUAGAAAAAAGUGCAACUGUUUCAAAUCAAAAGAAAAGUUGAAGGCGUGCUUGUUUUUAUUUAUACAUACAAAAUUUAGACAUAAAUUUAUGAAGAUUAAAUUAGUUUGUAGUAAAAACAAAGGAAAAUUUGUACAAAUACCAGACUUUUUAUUUUUACUUGUGGGAUUUUGUAAAAGAGAACAGGUACAUAAAUCCUGUAAAAGCAACAAAAAUUUUAGGUACCUACCACCUCAAAUGUGAAAUUUAUUCGUAUUGUGUAGAUAAAAUUUCAUAAUUUUGAAAUAGUCAUCAGGUAUGGAUGGAUGCCUUAUUUUAAUGGAUAUUUUUCAAAAGUAUUUUAAGAUUAAGACUUCAGUCCACAGCAGUUGUUUGAAGCGAUAACACUUUGAAGUAGAAUUUAAAUUUUUGGAAUAGUUUACAUAAUUUAAAAAAAUAUACACAUUUAAAUAAUUUGAAGCUAUUUUGCGAUUCUUUAGCAAAAAUGUUUAGCCGUACCCCAUUUAUCAUAAUCACUUUAAUUUUAAUUGCUAAUGCAAAAAGUCGGACUAUAGUGGAAUAUUGUACCAGUUUACCGGAAACAACUUUAACAACAAUAUUAGGAUCAGCUUAUAAUCCACGCUAUAUGAGUAUUGAUGAGCCCAGAGUUAUUGUACAGCCAACAUUGGGGAAUAAGAGAGCUUUACCAGAAGAGGAUUUCUUUGUUAAUGAUGAUUAUCAUCAAGAAAUCAGCAAUAAGCCAGCAUGGGAAUUUGAUCACAUAUCAGAAAAACAUUUAACAAGAAAUAGAAGAAAUAUCAAUGUCAAUGAUAUAAAAGAAACUGAAAAAGGUAUGGGUAAACGUGAUUAUCGUCAAACAUUUUUACAGUCAGUAGCCCCAUCAAAACGAGGUAAUAUUUUUCAACCUCGGCCAUGGGAAUGUAAUUCACAAAUACGUUGGAUUGAUUUAGGUUAUGAAUAUUUUCCAAGAUAUUUAAGGACUGUUGAAUGUACAAAAAAACAAUGUUGGUACGGGCAUUACACGUGUAAACCACGUUCAUUUACAGUUAAAGUAUUACGAAGAAAAAUUGGUGAAUGUACACGGAUCAGCGAGAAAUUAGUUAUGGCAUCUCAAGAUAAAAUGACAGGUGAAUUUACACAAUUAUGGAUUUGGGAGGAGAAAGCAGUUAAUUUUUGCUGUGAUUGUGUUAUGAACUAAAUUACAAAUUGAAAAUUGAGAAAAAAGUUAAUUAUUUGUUAGAAAACAUUUUUCUUUUUUAAUUAUUUUCUUGUACUAUAAUGUUAUCGCUUAAUUUAUUUCAUUCAAUUUACCUAGUUCUUUUUGCUAAGACUAAAAAAUAGUUUAAUUGUUGUUUUUUUUUUAAUUGUAAUGACUAAGAAAUAACAGUGAUUGUAUAAAUUUUAAUAAUAUUCUAUUAUAUAAAUACUUAUACAUAUAUAAUGCAAUAUUAGUGUAUAUGAGAGACAGAAUUUAGUAAAUAAUAAAAAAAUAUUUUUUAUAUUCAAUUAUAAAAAGCCAAAAUAAUAAUGUUGUUUUAAUAUAUUUUCACCCAGUUGCCCAGUUUAAUCAUUUCAGUAUCAAUUCGAAAUUGAAUUGUUUCUUAAAAUAUAUUCCACUUAAAAUUUGUGUUUCACUAACGAUUCCGACCAACAAAAAAAUUUUGUGAAAAUUUAAGUUCAUUAUUCCAUA